AUGACGCGACUGUCGCCAGACGAAGAGGCCUCCCAGGCCUACCUGGACAUCGACGUCGCUGCCGUCGGAGGCUUUUCCCUGGCUCUCUCGACGAUCUUCGUGAUUUCUGCCAUUUAUUUGGCCGCUCUGCCCCACGUCCUUGAGGAGGCUUAUUUCACCAAUAAAACAGAGUUCGUUGUGCAUAAUUAUAAGGUAGGAAUCGGUGAUGUAUUUGAAGAUAAUAUGAAAAAAAGACAGACCUACUCAAACGGAACUCUCUACUUUGAUUACGUCAACGAGAAAGGCAAGAAAGAGGGCGGGAUUCUUGGUGAUUGGUUCCUGAGAUUUCUGGCCGGUGAGUACCGCUACUCUUUCGGAAACUCCUUUGCCAACUAUUGUUGGGUAAGUUGAUAGAUUGGAUAUCGAGUUUCAACUUGUGAAAAAAGUAUAGCCUCGUGUAGUUCCGACGGCUCAGUGGGCAUCUUCGACUUAUCGCGCCAUGCAGCACAAAGCCUCCGUUCAAACUUUGCUUCGGUCUUCGGUCCUUUUUUCGAUGUCCAACUCGCUUUUCCAGACUAUUGUUCUGGCUCAUGCUGCAAUUCAAUCAUCGCCUUUGUUGGUGCUCAGCGGUUAGUGUAAUUUUCAUAUCAGGCUUUGAAAAAAUAUUUUUUUUAUAACUUGUUUGAAAGAUCAUGGGAACGCCAGAGUGGGCCCUAUAGAGGCUUAGAAACCCUUGAAAUUUACUCUGAUAAGGACCACUUUAGCUCUCUCUAUAUGGGGAACUGAAGCUUGCAAAAAUGGACUCUAUAGGGAUGUUCUUUUACCAUAUUUCCACGGAGUGGCCUAGAAGGUUCAAAAUAUUUUUGAAGAGAAUACCCAAAAAAUUUCUAAUAUAUUAUUUUCUCAAAAUUUUGAACUUUCAAGAGUAAGUGUUCUCAUUCUCAAAAAAAAAAGAGAUAGAAUUCCCAGCCCAAAAUGGCCUUUUUUCGACCUUUCCGAAGGAAUAAUGGAGUGAUGUCAAGGAUACGGUUCGGUGGCGGUUGAUGUGGCGCACAGUUUGUCGUCGUUUGCGUUGACCGCGAUCCACGUCUGGCAGGACGAGAAAAGUGACCAAAAUAGAGGAAAACUGCCUAACUUGCAUAAAUUGACAGUGGUUUUCAUGGUCUACACAGCCGCCGACGUUGCCCUCUGUUCUCUUGUCGCCAAGCUGAUUCUCAACGUCUUUCUGGAUGUGAGUUUUCGGGGAUUGAAACAGAAAAAAGGUCCUUGUGAAAUAAAUGGUUAGCUUGUCAAAAGAGGAGAAACUUAGGAAUAAGAAAAAAAUGAUUUUGGCAAAAGAGGCGAUCUUGAAGUUUGAGAUGCCCACCACAAUUCAGUAAAAUUCUUUUCACACUUCUCGCUGGGUAUUCAAAAAAAACCUCAACUUUUGAAGCUGUAAAAGUUGAAUAGUAUGUUGAAAACAGAUUGCAGAUAGCAAUAUAUCAAAAAAAAAAAGUCCAUCUUUAUUUUCAAUUCUUGGAUUUCAAGUUACGCGAAAAGUGCAAAAAUUGGCUCAAGAUCAUAAAGUUUUGAGUUUAUUAAACUUUCAGUAGUGCUUUUUCAAGCAUGUAAGGGAACUUUUUAGGCCGGUUAACAAUUGAAAAAGGUUCUAGCUACAUUUAAGAAAGUUUGAAUCCUUUUCUGAUAGCCUGUAAAAUUACGACAAUCCCUUUGUUCCUGUUUUGUCAUAUUUAUUUUUUUUCGUCUUUUUCGUAUACCCAGUUAUACGAAUACAAAUCUAAAAAGCAGUAAGAAGAACUAUACAAAGAAAAAAUUUCAGAACACAGCCUUGCAUCAACUUUUUCGAAUCGCGUCAGCAAUUACAGUAUUCUUGGUCCGACCAAUUAUACUUUCAGACAUUUCCACCUUCAACAAACGCACAGUUUGUGAUUCAAACGGUUCGAGAUUCAAAAGAAAACUUAAAAACUAUUUUUUAAGUGUAUCCUGCGGUAUUCCUGGCCCAGUUGCUCGCUAUAUUGGUAAUUUUUCUGAACUCCCUACUUCAAAUACGACGUCUCCGUGGCAUUCGGAUGUAUCUGAGCUCCACUCUUCGAGAGUACAAGUUUCAGCUUUCGAUAUAA